AUGUCUAGUGACGAAGAAAAGCGUCAGGGCCCCCAGGAACCUCCUAAUGGAGGCGCCCGAGCGUGGGGUGUGGCUCUGGGAGCUUUUGCCGCACAGAUCACAACCUUUCUCUCCUCCCAAUCCUCCAAUGCAAUCUCCUGGAUCGGCUCCCUGCAAGCUUUCUUCCUCUUCCUCCUCGGGGCCAUCAGUGGCCCCCUCUCCGACCGUCUCGGCGUCAAAGCCGUCGUGAUCCCCUCAGGCCUCACCCUGGGUGUUUUGGGGGGUAUGGCUUGCGGUAUGAUUUUUACCCCUGUGGUUUCCUGCGUCGGGCAGUACUUCACCACGCGUCGGGCGUGGGCUAUGGUUGUUGUGGUGUCCGGCGCUGCUGUCGGAGGUAUUAUCUUCCCCAUCACCCUUAAUCGUCUCCUAAUUAGUUUCGGCUGGUCGGUGCGUGAUAUCGGCUUCAUUAUGCUCGUCUUGAUCAUCUACGCCGCCUUCCAGUGGCCUUAUAUCUUAACAAACGCGGGCUUCCUCCUCGCCCUGCUGGGCCAUUACGCACCUAUCUUCUAUAUCCCAGACUAUGCUCUCGAGCGCCGCAUGAGCAGCCAGUUGGCCCUGUACCAGGUUGCGAUCCUCAAUGCCCCCUCAUUCUUCGGGCGGUUGAUCCCCAACUUCGCAGGUGACAAGCUAGGCCGGUUUAACAUCACCAUCUUCACAUAUGCCGCCUGCGCGAUUCUCCUCUUCUGCUGGACAGCUGCGAUCUCUAAUGCGGCGAUUAUGGUCUGGAUCGCGUUCUUCGGGUUCCUUUCUGGCGGGGCAUUUUCGUUGUAUUCGCCUAGUGUUGCUCAAGUGUGUCCGAAUCCAAGCGACAUCAGCACGAACUAUGGAUAUCUGGAGGCGUCGAUGUUCAGCGGGGCGGCGUUUAUGGCGGGCUUGAUCUAUCAGAUUAUUGCGCGGUUAUUGUUGGAGAAGAGGCCGUGGGCUGUCGCUUAG